GUUUAUCUUUGUUUUGAAAAAGUAAAUGAUAUGCGGGCCCAGAUAUGUGGGUUGUGAAUUUAAAUGAAAGUGAUACUAGUUAUUAGAUAAUUAUUUAUUGAACGUAAUCUGUGUUUCCGUAUGCGGUAAAAAAGUUAAAGAAAGCUGUUCAUCAAAAAGAAUUGCCUAGGGGAUGGUGAUAACUCAAAUUCAUCAUGAGUGAGAAAGAAUUAUUGUGCACUGCAUUAGAUAACACAUCAAUAAAGAAAGAUGAAGAAAAUCUUGGGAAUUCCAACCCAACAUUUGGUGUAUCAGAACAGUUUUGUGAGGCAUAUGAUGUCAAAAAUAGUGAAGAAUCAACCAUUGAAGGAGUUGACCAAGUUAAUGCUGAAAAGGAAAGCUAUCGAGUAAACAAAACACAAGGAACAUAUGGAGCUAUAUCACUAGAUAGAGAUCCUUUAAAAAAUGAUUCAAACAGUAGCAAAGAUUGUGAAUCAAUUGGCUUAGUUGAAAGAGAGAAUAAAGAAAUCAAUCCUAUUAAAAGAAUUGAUUUACAUUCAUCUGAAGGAAGUCCAGAGAGGUUUGGCUCUGUAAAAAAUGACUCUGAAAAAGUCGAGGUAAACCUUGAAGAUUCUGAACAAGAUGAUUACGAUGAAGAUGUUAUGACAGGCUCUUAUGGAGAAAUUUCCUUAGAUAGAGAGUUGCUUAAUUGUGAUAAAAAUAGUGAUUCCCUUAGUAGUAGAGAUGAUGAGCACUGCUUUUUAGAUGAAAAUCGAGGUGAUGCUUCUAAUAGUGAUAUGAAGGAAAAAAAGAGACCUGACAGUUUAAUUUUAAUUCAGAAUCCAUCUUCUUCUAAAGGGGAUGAAUUAACUUGCUUGAGUCAAGAGCAGGUUCAGCAGGUCCAUCAAAGUCAACAAACAUCUGAGGGUCGAACAACCAGUGCUGAAGUUUCUCCUAGCUUUAGUUCUGAAGAAUUUGCUAUGUUUACACCAGAUCGUGCAAGAACUGGAAGUGAUACAAGUGGUCUCUCAGAGCUUCAGGGUACAUUAACAGUGGAUGGUGAUCUUGUAACCUUUGUUGCAGAAGAUUUACAAGAAAAAAUAAAAAUGAGUAGCCCAGUAUCACGAUGGACAGAUUCCUCUUCAUUUCCUGGCUCACGGUCUUCAACACCCAGUCUUUAUAGACAAGCUUUACAACCUAAUUUCCACAUUAUUGAUCCAAAUAUUUUAACAGAUUUAGAAAGUCAUGCUAAAAAGGUUGCAACUUGUGUUGAUACUAUGUUAGAAAACUUAAGUGGGACUUUACAAAGUAUAUCAUCUUUAACUGUGGAUUGUAUGGAGACAUAUGAAAGUUCUGUAUGCAAGACUUGUGAUGCUGUUGAUGUUAAUAUUAAGGCUGUUUAUCAGUUAAUGGCUAAAUGUGAGGAGUUGAGCAAUUCAAUGAGUCCUCUUUAUAAAAUGUCAGGAGAAGUGAAAAACAUUAAAAAAAUGUUGGAACAACUGGAGCACAUUGUUGAACACAAAUCUUGAUAUUUGGAUUCUUUUAAAGGAAUCAGAACUAUUAUUAAUACAAAUUAUUAUAUAUUUAAUUUAAUACUUUAUCCUUAAUGUCUGUUAUAUUUCAUGUUCAGUCUCUUUACAUUUUCCUCACUAUAUAAAUAUUUAUAUAUAAUAAAUAUAAAUUAUUAUAUAAAUAAGUUUUGUGUUUAUGUAUAUAUACAUGUAUGUAUUUUAAAGAGCUUGGGAUUAUUUUUCGUGUUUCCUUACUAAAUGUGUUUAUGCCUUUUCCGAAUAAAAGCAUGGAAUAUGUUCUAGAAUUUUAACAUGGUUUUCCAUAAUUGUCAAAUAGCUAUAUACUUAUCUUUCUUAGUAAUAAAUAUGAUAGUAUGUACAGAUAUAAAGUAAUAUUCCUCUAUAAAUUUAGUAAUAAGUUAAAAAGGAUUUUAAAAUGUAAGUAUUAAUACAUUGUAAACCUAGGAGUGAUUUUGUUUAAGAUGCUAAAUAUUUCAAUUUCUUAAUUUUCAAACAUCUAUAUAGUGAUAUAUUAUUUAAUUUCAUAAGAUAAUUUUUAAUUUAUUAUAUAAAUUAAAAGAUAAUUCUGCAAGUUAAAUAUUGUCACUGCUCGUAAUAAUAAUAAAAGUGUCACUCAUAUGGUUAUGAUUUUACUAAAUUUAAUUCUCUCUCUCUCUCUUUUUUUUGUUUAUAAAAUUGCUUUGCAUUUGUAAUAGGAAGUUAAGACAGAUUGAGCACUGUUUAAUCAAAAUUCAUCAUUUCCAACUAUAUUUUAAAAAAAU